AUGGACCCCGCUUCGAUUCUUCUCAGCCAACGGAUAAUCUUCCUUGGCACGCAGGUGGACGAUUUCAGCGCGGACCUUAUCAUAAGCCAGCUGCUGCUGCUCGACUCGCAGGACCCGACGCGCGACAUCAAGCUCCUCAUUAAUUCCCCAGGCGGCUCGGUGACGGCGGGCAUGGGCAUCUACGACGCCAUGAAGCUGUGCCGCGCGGACAUCUCCACGAUUUGCUUCGGCCUGGCCGCGUCCAUGGGCGCGUUCCUGCUCGCCACGGGCGCGAAAGGAAAGCGCUUCUGCAUGCCGAAUGCGCGCGUGAUGAUUCACCAGCCGCUGGGAGGCGCGCAGGGAUCGGCCAUAGACGUGGGGCUGCAGGUGCGCGAGAUGAUGUACCACAAGGUCAAGCUCAACAAGAUCCUCUCACGAGUCACCGGCAAAUCCGAGGAACAGAUUGAGAUUGACACGGAUCGCGACAAUUUCAUGAGCCCGUGGGAGGCGGUGGAGUAUGGAUUGGUGGACGGGGUGAUGGGGGCUGAUAACCCGAACCUGGUGGCGCCGGUGGGGGAGGUGAGGGAGCCGCCCAAGACCAAGGUGUGGGACCUGUGGACCAUCAAGGAGGCCAAGGAGAGGAAGAACCUGCCUGGGGAGGACCAGCUGCUCAAUAAGUAG